AUGGGAGGCCAUGGCCUGGUGUUAUUAUCUGAUGAUAUCAAGCUGGUGGAUCUUCAGAAGUCUCAAAAUCAAGUUUUUCUGAAGCUUCAGUCAAAAGGGUUGAAAGGAGGAGGUCGUUUUGGACAAACAACACCACCACUUGUUGAUUUUCUUAAGGAUAUUUUAAGAAGAUACCCAGAAGGAGGACAGAUUCUUAAGGAACUGAUACAGAAUGCAGAAGAUGCUGGUGCCACAGAGGUUAGGUUUUUAUAUGAUGAAACUCAGUAUGGAACAGAAACUCUAUGGUCAAAGGACAUGGCACAAUAUCAGGGGCCAGCAUUUUAUGCAUACAAUGAUGCAGUUUUCACCCCUGAAGACUGGCAUGGUAUACAAGAAAUAGCAAGAAGCAGGAAGAAAGAUGAUCCCUUGAAAGUUGGAAGAUUUGGAAUUGGUUUUAAUUCAGUUUAUCAUAUAACAGAUGUCCCUAGUAUUUUCAGUGGUGACCAGAUUGGAAUGCUUGAUCCUCAUCAAACCCUUUUUGGACCUCAUGAAUCAGGCCAGUGUUGGAAUCUAAAAGAAGAUAGCAAGGAAAUCAAUGAACUUACAGACCAGUUUGCACCAUUCAUCGGUGUGUUUGGCAGCACUAAGGAAACCUUUAAGAAUGGAAACUUUCCUGGGACCUUUUUUCGUUUCCCACUUCGUCUGCAGCCUUCCCAACUGAGCAGCAAUGUUUACGACAAACAGAAGGUUUUGGAGCUGUUUGAAUCCUUCAGAGCAGAUGCAGACACAGUAUUGCUUUUCCUGAAGAGUGUUCAGGAUGUUUCACUGCAUGUUAGAGAAGCUGAUGGAACCGAGAGGCUGAUUUUUAGAGUAACUGCUAGUGAGAACAAGGCCUUGAAACACGAAAGACCCAAUUCUAUCAAAAUCUUAGGAACUGCAAUAAAUCAGUACUGUAAGGGAAUUCCAAGCAAUAGCAUAACAUGUGUGACUUACCAUGUAAACAUAGUCGUAGAAGACGAGAGUGUUAAGGAUGCACAGAAGACAUCUUGGUUAGUAUGUAAUUGUGUAGGUGGUCGAGGAAUGUGCACUGAACUGGAUUCUUUAGCUGAUGACUUGAAAUUUGUUCCUACUAUUGGAAUAGCCAUGUCUUUAUCAACUAAUGGGGAGGAAAAAGGAGCUGUAGCAGAUUUUUCAGGAAGAGCAUUUUGUUUUCUGCCUUUGCCUCCAGGUGAAGAAAGCAAAACGGGACUCCCAGUUCAUGUUAGUGGUUUCUUUGGUCUCACAGACAAUAGGAGGAGUAUCAAAUGGCGAGAGCUGGAUCAAUGGAGAGAUCCAGCAGCUUUGUGGAAUGAUCUUCUUGUGGUAAAUAUAGUGCCAAAGGCAUAUACCACCCUUAUUUUAGAAGCCAUCAAACGAAUGGAGACUGAGAAGAAUUCGGAUUUUCCAUUGUCAGCUGAAAGAAUUUAUAGGUUAUGGCCUGAUGAGAACAAAAUCAAGGUACCCUGGAAACCAAUUGUAGUACCUCUCUUUAAAGAGCUGCUCCAGCAUACUGUUAUUUACUCAGUGAGUAAUCAAUGGAUAAAGGUGGAACAGGUGCACUUUUCUGAAAUGGAUGAGACAGUAGAAUAUACACAGUCUGUUCUCAACUACCUCCAGAAUUCAGGGAAGCAGAUUGCCAAGGUACCAGCAAAUAUUGCUAGUGCAGUGCAUCUUACUGUUUCUACUGCUAAAGCUGUGAAAAAAGUGACUCCUGCUGUAGUACGGCAAGUACUAAGGAAAUCUGGACACAGUGGACCUGCUGAAGAAAAGCUUCAUCUUUUGGAAUUUGUGCUUUCUGAUGGAGUCUACAGUGAACUGAUUGGAUUGGAGCUUUUGCCACUACAGAAUGGAAAUUUUAUUCCGUUUUCCUCGUCUGUGUCAGAACAGGAUGUCGUUUACAUAACCUCAGAAGAAUAUCCCAGAGCAUUCUUUCCUGGCCUGGAAGGAAGGUUACUUUCUGAUGACCUGAAGCCUGAGGUUCUAGCUGCUUUGAAAGAAGCUGCCCAAAGCCGAG